AUGCCCUGUCAUGUUGAUACGAUUGUAAAAAUAAACCAAAUACAACAAACUUACAAGAAUGAGACUAAAUUAACAAUAUAUGCAACUGGUACUUAUCCUGUCGAAAGUGAAGAUCACAAACUAGAAAUGGUCUUAUUCAUUCCGAUAAAUGAUGAGGAGAGAGAUCCCAACACACAAUCGAUUUUCAAAAAAAAUGAAUUUUAUUGUGUUAGUGGAAAAAUUGUGUUUGCAAACUUUAAUAACAACUUGAAACUAAAAAUGACAGUCACUUCUUCAACCCAUCUCACAAUUAAAAGAGACAUCGGUUCAAACAGAUGCCCAUUGAAAGCUUCGCUUGUUGGUAUCAUGCAAGAUAUGCCAACAGAAAUUGAUGAUGAAAACGCGAUAAUUAAUGUUCUAGUUGAAGAUUAUGCUGGACAAAAUUAUAGCUUCAUUAUUAAAAUAGUAUUUCCUUAUCGUAACACCAGAUUCAAACACUUGAUGAAUAAUACUCGAUCAACCGAAUCAAUGCUUUUUAUCGUAGAUCAAAUGGAAAUCAUUGAAAAAGAUCUAUACAUAUAUGCUGAAAAGAAUGAAUCUACAUCUAAUUUAACUAUUGGAAACUCUAAUUCAACAAGACAUACAAGGGUAGAGGAUGAAAAAGACGAUUACAUUGAAAAUAAUGGCAAAAAUAUAAAUAACUAUGAUGAUGAAAACAUAAACAAAAAUGACGAAUAUGAAAAAAUAAUUAACGAUGAAAAAAAAAGUCUACAUGCAAUUUUGAAAAACCAAACAAAGGCAAAGAAAAGAUGA